AGAGCAGAUUUAACCCUAUGAAUAACGGAGACAGCUGAUUGGUCUGUGAGGAAGCAUGCCACUGCGUGAGCUCCUUGCGGUCCUGCCUCGCUCAGCUGGAGGGAGACGGACUCAGGUGUGUCCAGGUGCCUAGAGGAAGCCCUCCGCCUGCCAUGCCAGAGCCCAGAGUCUCCCUGGAGCCAGUCUGAGGGUGUAGAGGGGUCCCUCCCUCCAGGGGGGUGCGUCGGCUGGGGAAAGCACCAUGGUGUUUUUGAAGGGACCGCGAUUACUGGACUUUGCUAAAACGCCUCCACACCUUCAGUUCAACAAGUACGUGCUGACGGGGUAUCGUCCGGUGGCCACCGCCCAGGACUGCCUCUGCAGCCUCUUCUACCUGCACAACGAGUUUGGGAACAUCUACACCCACGGGAUCCCGUUCCUCUUCCUCCUGAUGUUCCUGCCCCUCAGCCUGCCAUGGGCGGAGGGGCAGUGGUGGCUCUGCCUGGUGCACUACCUGGCCUGCCUGUCGCCCACCGUGGGCUCCGUGCUCUACCACAUCUUCAUGAACCACGAGGGGGGCGCUCACGUAUACGACACCCUGCUCUCCCUCGACAUGUUCGGGGUCUGCCUGGUCAACACCCUGGGAGCCCUGCCCAUCGUCCACAUCACCCUGCUCUGCUACCCCGUGUCCCGGCUGGCUGCCAUGCUGUCCUACACCCUCUUGUCUGCCUACGGUAUCUACAGCGCCACCACGGCCCGCAGCAACACGCGGCGCCUCCGCGCCUUCGCCUGGCAAGCGCUGUUCCGUCUGGGUCUGUUCCUGCUGCGCUGGGGGGGCCCGGGGGCUGGGAGCCCCUCCUCGCUGCGGCUCUUCCUCACCAUGGACCUGCUGGCGCUGCUGGGAGGGCUGGUCAACAUCAGCAGGGUGCCUGAGCGCUUCCACCCCGGCCUGUUCGACUACUGGUGCAACAGCCACCAGAUCAUGCACGUCCUGGUGAUUUGCUCUAUCGUGUACCUGCACUGGGGCAUGAUGGAGGACCUGGCCUGGCUACGCACAUUCCAGUGCCCUGGGGAAGGGUAGGAGGGUCUGUGUGGGAGGAAGG